AUGGCGUCGCUUCUGAAAGAUCCGCUCUUUGAAAUCUCUGGGAACGGUCCGGCUCCAGAUAAGACUUUUUAUGCCCUCACCGUGACUAAAUCUGAGGUGUUCUGGGGAUGGUGGAAGAUCACACUCAGAAGAAAUGUGGACAGACGUCCUGGAAAAAUCAAGGAGUCCCACCUGGACCUGUUAGAAGACACCAGACUCCAGCGUGAAAUCGCUUUAGUGUUUGGAGAGGAUGUGCUGAAUUACACCAAGUCUCUGUGCCAAGGUCAGUUUAACUACCUGGAGCACCUGCCCGACGCUCUGCUCCUGCACAUCCUGAGCUUUCUGGAGCUGGAGGACGUGGGGCAGCUCCUUCGCACUUCUCGACGCUUCUGGAAGUUGUGCCAGUCGGAGGAGUACUGGGAGAAGGCGGUGAGGCAGCAGUGUAGCACUCUGCCAGACGAGGUGGUGACUCUGGCCCGCAACAUCGGCUGGAGACGCAUUUUCUUCACCAACAAACUCCAACUCCAACUGCUCAUCAACCGCCACCAGGUCAAGCUUCCAGAAGCACAGGAAGAGGAAGCUGAAGACGAGAAUCCACCAUCUGAGACACCCGCUGAAGACAAGAGCUCCGACCCCAAAGAUGAGAAGUCAGAGUCUAGCGUGACUCCUCCGGAGCAGAUGUCCAUUGAUUCUCUUAGUCCAGUUCUGAGCUUGGAUUCUGCUGAUAGUUACUCCAGUUUCUACUCUGACACCUUCUCCAGCUCAGGUGAUAAGCUCAAAAGUUCACCAGAGGACGUCCUAGAAGAUCUGGAGAAGUUCAGCCUGGAUCAAGGUGAAAAAGCAGAGAUGAAGAGUGAAGAUCUCCCCAUGAGCCUGAAAAUCUAGAAGCUGUUUAGUUAGUUUGCCUGUGAACUAAUACUACUGAUGACCAUAACGUGUUUAACUGCCUAAUGUGAAAUUUUGUGAAUUUGAACUUUGAAAUGUUUAAUUUUUGUGCACUAAUGUUCAUGGUGCCAUUU